AUGGCUGAUAAUGUCCAAGUAGUACCCAUCGAGGAACCAGCCGCAACCGCCACAGUCACAGAAACAACAACUACAACAACGACUGAGCCAGAAGCCAAGAGCUCAGACAAAAUGGAGUCACAGAGUGAUAAUAAGCCACCGGUUGGAACAUUGGUGGCAAUUGUGAACAUUUUAGCCGCUGGUGUCCUUCCGAUCUUCACUUUUGUCCUCUCACUUACACUUCUCGGUUACGCUGUGUGGCUCCUCUACAUGCGUAGCUACGACUGCGAAGAUAUCCUCGGUCUGCCACGUGUCCAGACGCUAGCUAGCGUCGGUCUCCUUGCGGUGUUCGUUGUUAGCAAUGCGGCUCUGUUCCUACGGCGAAAGUUUCCGAUGCCGGCACUUGUGGUGAUGGUGGUGAUCCUGUUGUUGAUGCUUUUCAUUGGUUUGGCGUAUGCCGGAGUCAAUGAGAUGCAGAGCCGGCGGUUUCCCGCGACAAGGACGUGGUUCAAUCUCAAAGUCAUGGACGAUGUGAAUUGGAACAAUAUCAAAUCUUGUGUCUACGAUAAGGGAGCCUGUAACGACCUCAUUUACGGAACUCCAAAUGAAAAACCUUACAAUAGAAGAAAAAUGCCACCGAUCAAGAAUGGAUGUUGUAUGCCGCCGGAGACAUGUAACAUGGAUUCGUUAAACGCGACGUUUUGGUACAGAAGAAAAGACGAAGGGCCACCGUUAAAGAGUACGGUGAUGUACGGAGGGUACGGUGAUGAGAUGAUGGUCGGAAGGGUAAGCGACUGUCAGCUGUGGAGGAACGAUUGGAGUGUGUUGUGCUAUGAUUGUAGGUCAUGCAAGUUCGGAUUCGUAAGAUCGGUAAGGAGGAAAUGGUGGCAGCUUGGUAUCUUCUUGAUCGUCAUCUCCAUUCUUCUUCUCAUCUCUCAUCUCUUGAUCUUCUUGGCCACUUUUUGGGAACGGUUCAAAGGUUAG